AUGACUCUGAUUCGCCUCAACAUCGGAGGAAAGAAGUUUUGCACUACCAUUGAUACUUUGACUCAGCGUGAGCCAGAUUCCAUGCUGGCUGCUAUGUUCAGCGGUCGCCAUACUCUCUGUCAGGACCCCGAAGAGGGAUAUGUAUUUGUUGAUAGGGAUGGCGAACAUUUCCGGCACAUCCUUAAUUGGUUGAGGGAUGGUGUUGUUCCCACAUUAAAAGAUUCGAAAUAUACAGAACUUCUUAGGGAGGCUGAAUACUAUCAACUUCUUGGGCUGAUAGAUGGGAUACAUGCUAUCCUAAAUAAGACGAAGGAGGAUGAAGAGUUAGAUACAGAAUUAACACGUACUGAUAUCAUCAAGUGUAUACAGUCUGAGAGAGUCAGGUUUCGAGGUGUCAAUCUUUCUGGCCUUGACCUUUCGAAAUUGGACCUGUCAUUUGUUGACUUCAGCUAUGCAUGUCUGAGAAAUGUCUUUUUCUCACGUGCAAACCUUCAUUGUGCUAAGUUCAAGGAUGUGGAUGCUGAGGGCACCAAUUUUCACAAUGCAACGUUGCGGGAGUAUGGCAUUGAAAUUCCCCAGCAGUGA